AUGACUGAGUACAUCCCUGAAUACUAUAGGCUCUUCCUGGGUCUCCAACUAAUAUCGCAUUUCUUUACAGAGGCUUCAUACAGAGUGAAACUGGUGAGAGGCCCCCACCGCUGUGAAGGGCGGGUGGAGGUGGAACAAGAUGGUCAGUGGGGCACUGUGUGUGAUGAUGGCUGGGACCUGAAGGAUGUCGCUGUGGUGUGCCGGGAGCUGGGCUGUGGAGCAGCCAAAGGAACACCUAGUGGUUUUUUAUUUAAGCCAAAAGCAGAAGAAAACCAAGGUAUCUUCAUCCAAGAGGCCAAGUGCAAUGGGAUGGAAGAUACUUUGGCUCAAUGUGAGAAAGAUGUUGAUUAUAUGAGUUGUACCCAUGAUGAAGAUGCAGGAGCAUCAUGUGAGAUCCCAGAGACUGUGCGUCUGGCUGACGGGCCUGGACACUGCACGGGGCGAGUGGAGGUGAAGAACCAGGGCCAUUGGGGCACCGUCUGCAAAGCAGGCUGGAACCUCCAGGCUGCCAAGGUGGUAUGCCGGCAGCUGGGAUGUGGGAAGGCCAUACUGACUCGAGGAAACUGUGACAGAGCUACCCAGGGCCAAAGGCGCAUUUUGCUAAGCCAGGUGUCAUGCUCAGGAAAAGAACUAACCCUUCAAGAUUGCCACUCUGUGCUUUUGGGGAAGGGCAACUGCACCAAUGAUGAAGAAACUUGGGUCCAGUGUGAAGAGCCCUUUAAACUGAAGUUGGAAGGAGGAGAUAGCCACUGCUCUGGGCUACUGGCAGUGUUGCAUAAAGGUGAAUGGGGCUCUGUUUGUGAUGAUGGCUGGGGAGAAAAGGAGGACCAGAUGGUAUGCAAGCAAUUAGGCUGUGGGAAGGCCCUCUCUCUACCUCUCAAAGCCCGGAAAUGCUUUGGUCUGCGAGUUGGCCGCAUCUGGCUGGAUGAUGUUCGUUGCUCAGGAAGCGAGCGUUCCCUGGAGCAGUGUCGGCACAGGUUCUGGGGGUAUCAUGACUGCACCCAUAAGGAAGAUGUGGCUGUGAUCUGCGCAGAGUGCCUGGAAUCUGGAGGCAUGCUGAACUAA